GUCCCCGUCUCUCAGUCCAAGCAUCCAAUUCCAAAACCACGCACUAGUCGACGACGGCCACCUCGCCGCCGCCGUAACGCGCACGGUCUCACCUUACCACUCAUUACCGCGCUUCCAGUUCCGUACGCCUCAUGCCGCCGGCCGCGCGGGUCAAACCUCCCAAAACAUGAAACUCGGUGCAAUGGGGUCGUGCCGCUUGCCCCCGGCCAUCGCGGCCGCCGCGCUGGCCGCGGCUGCGCUGCUGGUGCUCUUCCGCGCCUCCCCGUACGGGCUCGCCUACCCCCGCGCGGGCGUCCAGCCAGGGCCGCCGCUCGUGGCGAGGGGUCCCGGGAGCCCGCCCUCCUUCGCGUACUGGAUAUCCGGCACGGGCGGAGAGGGCCGCAGGGUCCUCAGGCUGCUCAGGGCGGUGUAUCACCCGAGGAACCGGUACCUGCUGCACCUGGACGCGGGGGCGUCGCGGGACGAGCGGACGGAGCUGGCCGCCGCUGCGCGGGACGAGGCGGCGUGGAGGGAGUUCUCAAACGUCGACGUGGUAGGGGAGAGCUACGCGGUAGACAGGACGGGCUCCUCGGUGCUCGCCGCGGCGCUGCACGGCGCCGCCGUGCUGCUCAGGAUUGGGGCUGACUGGGACUGGUUCGUCACGCUCAGCUCCUGGGACUAUCCUCUCGUCACGCAGGACGAUCUCUUUUAUGCAUUUUCUUCUGUACCAAGGCACCUCAACUUUAUUGAUCACACAAGUAACCUCGGAUGGAAAGAGCAUGAAAGGUUUGAAAAACUUAUGGUCGACGCAAGUCUAUAUAUGGACAAGAAUACCCAGCCCUUUCCUGCGACAGAAACAAGACAAAUGCCUGAGGCAUUCAAGAUAUUCACAGGCUCUCCAUGGGUAAUUCUGAGUAGGAACUUCACUGAACAUUGCGUGCAUGGCUGGGACAACCUCCCCCGCAGGCUACUGAUGUACUUUGCCAACGCUGCUUACUCCAUGGAAUCAUAUUUCCAGACUGUCAUAUGCAGUUCAUCUGACUUUAGAAACACCACUGUCAACGGCGAUCUACGUUUCUUUGUUUGGGACGAUCCUCCUGGGCUGGAGCCGCGUAUUCUUGAUGAAACGCAUCUCGAUAACAUGGUGAACAGCAGCGCUGCCUUCGCAAGGCGGUUUGUGGAGGAAGCACCAGUGCUGAAGAAGGUUGAUGAUGAGCUACUGAACCGUUCUUCGGCCCAGUUGGUUCCUGGUGUGUGGUGCCGGAAUUUGGGUGAAAAGCAAGGAGGCGGGGAUGUGGAGGCGUGCUCGGAAUGGGGCGACAUUAACGUUGUCAGGCCUGGGCGUGCUGGAGAGCGGUUGAGGCGCUUCAUAUCUGAGAUCAUUCAUAUAAGAGGAUGCACGGUCGCAGCAGCUAGCUGAAAGCCGAACCCACCACAAGUCUGGAAUUCUUUGUCAAGAGAGCAGUUAAACAAAGAAUUUAAGGAACACAUUCUUCGCUGCAGGUAAAGCACGCGUUGCUGCAGUCGACAGUUCUACCAGGCUGCAUAAUACCACUGACGCUCCUUCUACACAAACUAGGUACAAGUAUAUACUCCCUCCGUCCGAAAAUACUUGUCAUCAAAAUGAAUAAAAGGAUGUAUCUAGAUGUAUAUUAGUUUUAGAUAUAUCUCUUUUUAUCUAUUUUGAUGACAAGUAUUUUCGAACGGAGGGAACUGUAUAAAGCUGUAACUGAUUUGCCCUUUUUUUAACCAUAUGGAUAGGACAUAGAAUAGGUUACACUGCAGUAGUUACAGUAAAAAAAGGUUACACUGCACUAGUCACUUGUCAGAUAAGUAUAUAUACACAAUUGUUGUUAAAUGGCGGCUUGAGUGGUCAGGUUAGAUCAUCACGGCCUACCGAUUUUGCUAAA